AAGUGCGCGAGCCGCGACUCUCGCGUCAGAGUGACAGUGAUUGUGGCCAUAGACAGUCAUACAUACAAACAGACACACAUACACAUACGAUGUCGAAGAGCGACGCGUCAAUACAUGUGCUGAGGAAAGUGGUCGUGGAUACAUUUCUUUUGGCGGGAUUGGCAACAUGCAUCUUCAUCACGGAUUUCCUCUGGAUGCCGUUCAAGCGAGGGUUUUUCUGCGGAGACGAGACGUUGAUGUUCCCCUUCAAGGAAGACACCGUAACCAGCUUCAUGCUGAGGUUGGUGGGGCUUGGACUCCCUAUCAUGUGUAUCAUCAUCUGCGAAUGGGUAUAUCUCCGUAAAGAGCAAGACGACCAACAUUGCUUCGGUAUCCGUGUACCCGCCUGGCUCAGAGGCGCGUACUGCACGCUGGUGUCCUUCGGCCUCGGCGUCUGCUUCAUCGAGCUGACAGCGAAUGUCGCUAAGAAUACCAUUGGGAGACCGCGGCCUCACUUCUUUGAUCUAUGCAAGCCGUCUGUGGACUGCAGCUCGCCAGAAUGGCAGCACCGUUACAUCCAGGCGCACGAGUACCACUGCACCAGCCAGCACCCUGGCCUGACGAAGAACAUGCGGAUGUCAUUCCUCAGCGGGCACUCGGCCUGGGCUGCCUACACUAUGGUCUACUUGGCUCUUUACCUAGAGAACCGUAUGGUUUGGCGAGGCAGCCGCGUACUCCGGCACACGCUGUCGUUCGGCGCCGUCAUGCUGAGCUGGUUCACGGCUUUGUCCAGGGUCUCCGACUACAAGCACCACUGGAGCGACGUCCUCGCCGGCUACGGCAUCGGCCUGGCUUUUGCUGUUCUCGUUUGGUUCUGGGGCACCGACUUGAUACAAAAGAAGAAGAAUCACACUCCACUACCGCAAAACGAUGUGGCCCUCACGAUACACCCAGAGACGUUGCAUUAAUAUUUAUUAACUAUUUAGUAAUACCUAGUAUAUAGAAUAUCAAUAAGUCUUAUAUUUACUUUGAAAAACCGUUAGUGGCUCAAAUAGAUUAAGAUUUUAUUCUAAUUAAGUAAGUAAUUAGUAAUUAGAUACGCAUGGCCUUGAUCAAAAAUAUUUAAAUCGAUAACGAAAAGCGAUUACUGCAUUUAUCGUUUUCCAUGUUAUAUAUUUUUUUUAAUGAAAUACAAUAAAAUUAAAUAGCAUUUUAGGAAAGAUCAACUUUAUCCGGCGAAAAUAAACAUUAUUAUGCAGUUUUGACUAGUGAAAUCGUGAAAAAAUUGAUCACAGAUCACGACUACAACAAUCAUGCCACAAUGCUGAUUUUCAGGUAGGUACCUAGACGAAACAUUUUUUAUAAAAACGCACGUAACGCUACUUACAAAUUAUAUGAAAAUAGAGGAUUGUACAUACACUAUUUAGUUUUAAUAAGAAAUAUGUAGCCUGAAGAAUUAUGUAUAUAUAAUAAGAUAUAUGACCCUGAGUCAGUUAUGUUUUUUUUUAUUCCAAUGGUAAAAAACUACCUAACAAUCAUUCAAAUAGUAUACUAGUAUAUACUAUCUAGUAUAUACUAGUAUUAGUAUAUACUAGAUAGUAUAUACUAGUAUACUAUCUAGGAUAUACUAGUAUUAGGUUAUUUAGAUAUAUGCUAGUCGCAACAUACAUGUUGUAUCAACAUGUUAUAUUAAAAUUUAGAGUAAUACUUUCGUAUUCAUAAAACAAAGUUGAAGCAUAUAUAUACCAAUUGUCUCGUUUUGUCAAUGUCAAAUAUUUUAAAGUGCGUUGACAAAACAUACUUAAAAUUAAAGUAUGAUUUAACUUUUUUAUGAAUAAGAUGAUUAAGACAUAUGUUAACUAUUUGCCAAAGCUGUAUUGUAUAAUUUAUGAUUAAAAUAUGUAUAUCAUGACAGGAUGACAGGAGUUAACUAUAACCCCUGUUGAAAUUACGCGAGCAAAAACUAAUUCAGUAAUUUUGUUAUGAAUUGCAACUGAAAAAAUGGAAUUAAUUUUUACUGUUCAUAAAUAAAUGAUUUAAAUCAAAAAUACUAAAUUUUUACAUAUGCAGAAAUUUUCAUGACAACCUUAUCCAAAUAUAUUCAAGAUUAAAAAUCCUAAUAUAUCCUAAAUAAAUCCUAAUAUCUUCAAUAUAUUCAAGAUAUUGUAAAGUGCGUUGACAAAACAUACUUAAAAUUAAAGUAUGAUUUAACUUUUUUAUAAAUAAGAUGAUUAAGACAUAUGUUAACUAUUUACCAAAGCUAUAUUGUACAACUUAUGAUUAAAAUAUGUAUAACUAUGUCAUGACAGGAUGACAGGAGUUAACUAUAACCCCUGUUGAAAUUAUGCGAGCAAAAACUAAUUUAGUAAUUUUGUUAUAAAAUAAUUGCAACUGAAAAAGUGGAAUUAAUUUUUACUGUUCAUAAAUAAAUGAUUUAAAUCAAAAAUACUAAAUCCU